AUGCCAGAACCUAAUAAUCCUCGCUACUCGGUCGCAACAACUCAGUCACGCCCUGAGCUUCUUGGGUUACAGACGCCCAUGAAAUUUCCGUCGCCUCGCUUGUCUGCUCCGCCUGCCAUGGGGAAUUUUGACUUUGAAGAAGCCAACAAGUCAGAGCGACUUGUUCUUAGCAAAUUCAUUCUUUACGAAACGAAAGCGAUUGAUCGCACCUCGGUUUCCGAACUCAACGUUAUAGAAGAUGAUGCGAUAUACUCUAAACAAGAGAUUAAUGACAUUUUAUCCGGUCUCGGAGAAGGAAAUAGAGUCACCGGAGGUCUGAAUAAGGUAUUGGAGGCGUAUGGAAUAGUAGGAUUUAUCAGGUUUACGGAAGGUUUUUAUAUGUCUUUAAUAAUGAAAAGAAGUCCGGCAGCCUUGAUCGGUGGUCAUUAUAUAUAUAAUAUUGACGAAACAAAGCUGUUGAGCAUAAAUUCUCAGAGUAAACCCGAAAAGAAUAGCGAAGAGCAAAGGUACAUUUCUACAUUUCAGAACGUAGAUCUCGCCAAGAACUUUUAUUUUAGCUAUACGUACGACAUUACUCAUACGCUGCAGCAUAACAUGACUCGUCCUCCGAAUCGUCGUAACUUUUCAUACAACGAAAUGUUCGUAUGGAAUCAUUAUCUGCUCGAGACUGGAUUCAGAAGCUUAAAAAACCAAUCUGAUUGGAUAUUACCCGUAAUCUAUGGCUUUGUAACGCAAUCGAAGAUCUCGGUUUAUGGGCGUAACAUUUUUUUAACCCUCAUCGCGAGACGGUCUCGUUACUUUGCUGGUGCCCGAUUUCGCAAGAGAGGAACGAAUGAUCAGGGUUACGUUGCAAACGACGUCGAAAGUGAGCAAAUCGUGGCAGAGAUGUCGACAACUUCAUUCCAUUUUUCUGGAAACAAGCUGUUUGAUAAUCCAAAUUAUUCUUCCUAUGUCCAACAUCGUGGAUCAAUACCGCUUUUUUGGUCGCAAGAUUUAGCGAAUAUGGUUCCAAAGCCGCCAAUAUCAAUCAAUUUCCGAGAUCCAUUCUUCUCGGCUGCCGCAUUACAUUUUGACAAUAUGUUUAAAAGAUACGGUGCACCUAUAAUAGUGUUGAAUCUAAUCAAGAUGAAGGAAAAGAACCCGCGCGAAUCAAUCCUAGGUGAUGAAUUCGCUGCGACAAUCGAAUAUCUGAACCAAUUUCUGCCUCCUAACUGUCUCAAAUAUGUUGCGUGGGACAUGUCUAAAGCCAAAAAGAGCGAUGUAGAUGUAAUCGGUACCAUGGAAAAGUUUAGCGAAGAAUUUAUUGCUGAAACUGGAUUCUUUCACAGUGGUCCAGAGCCGUCUAUAAAUGUGUUGAGAAGAGAAGAGAAAGAGGGCAAGCCGCAAAGCCGUCGUCGUUCUUUCCGGCAGAAUGGUGUAAUUCGCACAAAUUGUAUUGACUGUCUUGAUCGCACGAAUGCAGCCCAGCUUAUCAUUGGCAAAUGUGCCUUGGCGCAUCAGCUUUAUGCACUCGGCAUAAUUGACACACCGUCUAUUCCAUAUGACUCUGAUGUAGUCAAUAUGUUGACAGAGAUGUAUCAUGUACAGGGAGACACUAUAGCUUUGCAGUAUGGCGGAUCAAACUUAGUGAGUACUAUGGAUGCAUACCGGAAAAUCAAUGCUUGGUCAAACCAAUCGAGGGACGUUAUUGAAAGUAUAAAAAGAUAUUAUAAUAACGCUUUUACUGAUGCUGAGAAACAAGACGCUAUAAAUGUCUUCUUGGGUAAUUUCGUUCCGCAGAAAGGCAAGCCGUCUCUGUGGGAACUUGAAAGUGACUUUACGUUGCACUUUGAAGAUCCCAGGUUUAGGAGACCAAGAAGAAGUUAUAUUAAUUGGUGGACAAAAGACGCUCUCGUACUCAAUGAAGGCAAAGAAGACAGCUUGUCGCAACAGGAAAUGAUUCCGCGUAGAGCCCCUCAAUACGAAGAUGAAAAUGAUCCAUAUACUGGAUAUUGGAUCGAACACUACAGACCGAGCGAACUCACGUCGUUUUCUAAACUUUUCGCGUACAAUAUUAAUAGCACGGCUCCAAUCAAAGUACCAAACGAAAAUUACGAUUACAGUCCAUUCACGGUAAGACAAGCACAGCAAAACAGGCUGAUCAUCCGUGGGGUAAGGAAUUGGUUCGCUGUGCCUACUACGCCAACACAAGAGCAAGCAUCCCUUAAUCCGAACGUAUCAGCGACUGAGGAAAAAGAGUAUAAGCGCUACAUUAAGCAAUUUCGGAAUGUUGCAUUAGCAUCAACACCAACUGGAAAUGAUGAUCCCUCUCUUACCAACCAUUCGGAUUACCAUAAUUAUUUCAACUAUGCACAUAUUGCGGAUGGUGUCGAUCCAACUAGAGAUUUGCAUGUUCAUUCGUACGAUCACCAAGUUUACAAUACACACAAAGAACUGCCAACAAAGGUGGCGGUCAUGCAAACAGUUGGUAAUCAGUAUCACAGCAAUAGCGCAACAAAGAAUAGGUAUAAAGAUUAUGAGAAUUGGAUAAAGACAGGCAGACUCGGCGCUAAUGGGAAAGGAAGAAAUCGUGGCGAUAGCACGAGUAGGAAAGGCAGUCAUCGGGAUAAAAUCAAGAAUCUUAACAAGGAUAUUUAA